UCGUCUCUUUAUUAGCAUCGGAAGCUAAGCUAGCUUAUCAGCGCAGACGACAGAGUAACCACAUUCUGUUUGCCUGUUGUUUCCCACUGGAACCAUUUUGGGAUGUGUGAAUUUUUUGCACUGGCUCUGACUUUUGAUUUAUAAAGGAUAAAAACCGAGAGCCACUCCGUGUUUCUCCAACAAGGGCUACUCUUUGUUUUCCGCCCUUUAGCGAACACUAUAGAAAGAACAUGGCGGACGGCGGGCGCUACUACAACGAGCAUGAUGACAGAACUGCUCCAUUUCCCAGCCGCAAAGGCAGAGGUCACAAGAACCGGUCAUUCGACAGAAGGGACCGUCGGCGAGGCGGUCACCCAGGAGGGUUCGGCCCCGGACCUCGGUCCAGGCUGCUUGACGAUACAGAUGGAGAUGUUACUAUGAGUGACAGCUCGCAGGACAGCAGCUCACAGAACAGAUUCACCCCAUAUGUAAGACCAUCUCGGAAGCCAGAUGGACGAUUUGACAGACGGCAGAUGCCAGGUGGAAGAGGAAUUCCAGGAGGUGGAGGCAGAAGAGAACGAAGUGUGAGAAACCGGUUAGGCUGGUACAAAGUCACGAUACCACAUGGAAAAAAGUAUGAUAAGAAAUGGUUGAUAACAGCGCUCCAGAACAUCUGUCCGGUUCAGUACACACCUGUACAGUACCAUGUUGACCAUAAUAGGGCCCAUUUCUAUGUGGAAGAUUCAGCUGCUGCUGGUGCUUUGCGAAAAUGUUCUCACAAGAUUACAGACUCAGACGGCUAUAAGGUGGAAUUGCACGUCAAUCCAAGUAAUCCCCCAUCCUUCCUGCAGUCAGACCUGAAGCCUGAACAAUUAGAGCACCUGAAGCAAUGCAUGGCGAAACGUUUUGAUGGCUCUCAACAGGCACUUGACUUGAACAACAUUCGAACUGAUCCAGACUUGGUGUCUCAGAAUAUUGAAGUCAUCCUGAACAGAAAGACAAACAUGGAGGCUGUCCUAAAGAUCAUUGAAGAAAACAUUCCUGAGCUGGCAUGUUUGAACCUCAGUAACAACCGUAUUCACAAGCUGGAUGACCUGGCUGAUGUGGUUACCAAAGUACCUAAUCUGAAGGCUCUCAACCUUUCUCAAAAUGAGCUGAAAACAGAUCGAGAGCUGGAUAAACUAAAAGGCCUGAAGCUUGUGGAGCUGUGGCUGAGCAAUAACCCUCUGUGUGACCACUUCAAGGAUCAGCCUGCAUACAUAAGUGCCGUGCGGCAGAGAUUCCCCCGGCUCCUUAAACUGGAUGGCUGUGACCUCCCACCACCCAUUGGAUUCGAUGUUGAAACUCCCACUGCAAUCCCUCCCUCCAAGGGAAGCUGCUUUGGAUCAGAUGAAAUCAAGGCUCUCAUCCUACGGUUUCUGCAGCAGUACUACAGUAUUUAUGACUCUGGGGACAGACAGCCCCUGCUAGAUGCUUAUCAUGAUGGAGCCUCUUUAUCGAUCACAACACCUUACACCUCCCAGAACCCCUCCAGAAGCAGUCUGGGGGAAUACUACAAAGACAGUAGAAACCUGAAGAGGAUCAAAGACUCCACAAUGAGAUUUAGGCUGCUGAAGCACACCCGGCUGAAUGUUGUGGCAUUCCUCAACGAGCUGCCAAAAACACAACACGACAUUGCCUCUUUUACAGUGGAUGUAAACACCUACACUAAUACACUACUCUCUUUCACCGUGAGUGGAGUCUUUAAAGAAGUUGUUGUUGAUGGAAAGUCCAGAGAAUCUACGAUGGCCUUCUCCCGGGUCUUCAUCACAGUACCAGCAGGAAAUUCUGGUCUGUGCAUUGUCAAUGAUCAGCUUUUCAUCCGAAUGGCGACAACAGAGGAGAUCCGCAAAGCUUUUGUGGCUCCAGCCCCGACUCCAUCAUCCAGCCCCGUCCCAACCCUCACAGCACCACAGCAAGAGAUGCUUACAGCCUUCUCACUAAAGUCUGGCAUGAAUCUGGAAUGGUCACAAAAGUGUCUGCAGGACAACGAGUGGGAUUUCAACAGGGCAGCACAGAUUUUCACACAGUUGAAGGCGGAAGGCAAAAUCCCAGAUGUAGCCUUCAUAAAAUAAGGAGUUCCAGUGAAACGUCUGAAAUAAAAUCAGCUGUAAUUUUAUUUAAUGCCUCUGUUUUCUUUAUUGUUCACAUCACAAUUAGGAGUACUUGUGUUAACUGUUUUACCAGCUAAAUGGGAACUUUGUCCUGAAGACUGAUAAUUAAGCUGUUUUUGUUGUCAUUGCAAUGUUACUUGAUAGUCAUUUGUGUAGACACCAGUGAAAAUGUUCAUUUAAAUUUGUUAAUCUGUAUUUCUUGUACGUUAAACAAUAAAAUAUAUUUUGACAA